AUGUGGUCGCGUCUUACCGAGGGCCUGGCCGACAUCGUGGCGCCUGAGGAUGGCGACGAGCAGGACCGCGAGGACGAGGACCAGCUUUGGAGUCGCUUCGCCGCCGUCGUGGCGCCUCCUCCCCCGUCGUCGCCCAGCGCUACAGCUGUUGUCGCCGAAGAAGACGAGCAAGAGCAGUAUAUCUCCGAGUUGGAGCGCGCUCUACUACAGCGGAAGAAACAGAACGAGACGCUGGAGGCGAAAAUCCUCGAGCUAGAGACUCGCGCAGGGGAGGAACGACAGCUAAAAACACAAUUGAAGCAGCAGGAGGUAGAAAUUGCUCAGCAAAAGGCCACUAUUGAGAGGCUGCAAGCUGCCCGACAUGAUGCGGUGGUACAAAAUGAAGAGGGAUCUGAUGCAGGGUCGCAUCAUGAUCGACUUGUACAGGAAUUACAACACGCACAAACUCAGGUUGAAGUUCUUGCGACGCAGUGCCAAGCUCAUGAGAAGGAGUUGAUCUUGUUACGUGACCGAAUAGAAGAGCUGCAAGCAGCCAAUGAGACGUUGCAGGAUGACGAGCGCGAGGCCCGUUCUAGAGCUGCUGAGUACGAACAGGGAUACAUGGAUUUACUGACGGAGAUCGAGAAAAUAAAGAUUUCAAAUGAGGUGGAGAAGGCCGCGUUGAUGGCGAAAAGCGAGGAGCAUGCGAGCUCGAUUGACAGCCAGAAACUCUACGACCUGGAGGCUCGAUUGACCACGUCGGAAGCAGAUAAAAUUACUGCAACGUGA